AUGCUCUUUGGCGCUCCUUCGCACCGUAUCGAGUCUCAGCUCAACGCUACCGCGAACGUGCUCGAAGUGGACGCUCAAUUCAUCCACUUUCCGGGUAUCGUCAUUGCUUCUUUUGGAGAUGUCGACAAGCACACCAGCGAGACGCACUUCGUCAAGUCCAAGUCUGAUCUUUCUCUGGGAGCGCUGCACGACGUGCAUCAAAUCUAUCGCAAGGUAGUUCACGACGACAUUGGAGUGCAGGAGGGCACAGAGGAACUCAACGCGCUCCUCAAAGCUGAAGCUUGCUGGGGGGAAUGGGCGCGAAUUGGCUUUGCAGCCGUUCGUUGUUGGCUCAUGGCUCCCAUGUCCUUUGGAGGCUCCUUCAUCGACGCCUUCGCGGCUGCUGCUUUUGGAGCCGGUCUCACAUUCCUUCAGCUACGAGUCACUAGGAAGAAUGCAAUGUACUCCAACGUCUUUGAGAUCUCCACGGCCAUCCUCAUCUCCUUCAUCGCCAGAGGACUGAGCACCACGGGCAUCUUUUGCUACCAGUCCAUCGCCUCGUCCGGUCUCAUCCUUGUCCUUCCUGGCUACGUCAUUCUUUGCGGAUCGCUCGAAUUGGCUUCGAAGAACAUGAUUGCUGGAUCGGUGCGAAUGGUGUACGCCAUCAUCUACUCGCUGUUCCUUGGAUUUGGCAUCGCCAUCGGUUCAGACUUUUACUUUUUGCUCGAUCCAGCAGCACGCAACUCGAUAUUGCCAGACUGGCCUUGGUACAGACAACCCAUCUCGCCUUGGUUCAACUUCAUCUUUGUUCCCCUCUUUUCCCUCCUCUCGUGCUUCAAUCUCUUGCAGCCGCUGAGGAGCUGGAACUUGCCAGUGAUGGUCUUUAUCGCUUGCGUGGGAUGGACAGCAAACAUGACGGCCAACCGCUUCGUCUUUAACCGUUCGGACGUGGUCAGCGCCAUUGGAUCCUUCAUCAUUGGUAUCCUGGGCAAUGUCUACUCCAGAAUCUUCAGAGGAACAGCCUUCACGGCCACGGCAGUCGCCGUGCUCUUCCUCGUCCCUUCGGGCAUGGCCAUGGCUGGUGGUCUGGCCAUGACUUACAAGGGCUCCGAUGGCGAUCUCUACAGCAACGGUCUCACCAUCGGUCUCCGAAUGGUAUCCGUAGCUAUCGGUAUCACCGUCGGACUGUUCGGCAGUGCACUCGUCGUCUACUCCUUUGGUAGACGCAAGGGUGGCGCUCUCUUUGCCUUCUGA